UGAAGCUGCCAUUGGGGCAAAUGAGCAGGGCCACCGAGGCUGGUUGGAUUUUAAUUUAACGGACAGGGGGUCGGAGCGGAUUGAAGCCCCGCUGGAUUAAUGUCGACAGGGCAGUGCGGAGCGGCAGCAAGGCCACGACGAGCAAACUGUCCGCACCGAGCAGAGAGCCCGGCUAACGGCCGCUGCUAACUGUGUUUAACUGUUAGCAAAGUAACGCGGAGAAGAGGAACAGCUUCUCCAGCUAUUAGCCUGUCUGUCUACACACAGCGGAGUUAGUGCUGCUCAUCACACACUGUACGUCUCGUCAGGGCUUCAGACUAACACAACACCUGCUGGAUGAAUGAUGUCUGCCGCUAGCAUUGACCCUCAGACAUCGAAAGGACAAGAUGCAAGCAAAGCCUUCCCAGUUUCUGUGCAGAACGGCUCCCUCCACCAGAAGGAUACAGUCCAUGACAAUGACUUUGAGCCUUAUCUUACCGGCCAGUCAAACCAGAAUAACAGCUAUCAGUCUAUGACAGACCCUUACCUGUCCAGCUACUACGCCCCCUCCAUUGGAUUUCCUUACCCCCUCAGUGAGGCUCCUUGGUCUACAGGAGGUGACCCCCCUAUCCCCUACCUGACCCCCUAUGCCCCCCUCAGCAAUGGAGACCACCACUUCAUGCACGACACAGUGUUUGGGCAGCCAGGCGGCCUCAGCAGCAGCAUCUACCCUCACAGGUUCAACUUUUUCCCAGAGAACCCGGCCUUCUCCGCCUGGGGCACCAGCGGCUCUCAGGGCCAGCAGACUCAGAGCUCAGCCUACGGGGGGAGUUACAGUUACCCACCUAGCUCACUAGGAGGCACCCUGGUCCCCGAUGGCCAGACUGGUUUCCAUAGCGACACCCUGAGCAAGGCUCCAGGUAUGAACAGCCUGGAGCAAGGCAUGUUGGGCCUAAAAAUAGGAGGGGAUGUGGCAGGAAGUGGCUCUGGUGUGAAGAGUGCAGGUUCUGUGAUUGGUGGCGGUGUGGCUGCAGCUGUUGCUACGGGCAACGGUGGAACACCAAUAGGAAUGCCCCCUCCGAAACCCACAUCAUGGGCUGCUAUCGCUAGUAAACCUGCCAAGAUGCAGCAACAAAAGACCAAGAACAAACCUGGAACGCCCAUAGCUGGAGGAGCUCUGCCUCCACCCGCCAUCAAACACAGCAUGGACAUUGACACGUGGGAUAAUAAAGGGACUGUUAACAAAAUGGCCCCCCCUCUGCCUCCCCAUCACCACCACCAGCACCAGCCUCAGAUCCACUCCCACGCUGCCAGCCUCAUACCCCCCCUGCAGCAGUCCAUACAGUCUGCUCAGUCUCUGGUGCAGCAGAUGACCAUGCAGGGUCCUCCCCCUCCUCCUCCUCAGUCCUACCAGAACCAUAACUCCGCCCCCACACCUCAGACCCGCUGGGUAGCCCCUCGCAAUCGCAACUUGUGCUACGGUGGUGGAAGUUUAGACAGCAGUGGGUCCUCUAACGGCGGUGGUGUUGGUAACGGAGGGGGCGGGGGUGUUUCUUCAGAGCUGGGAUCAGAGUCCCACCCGGUGCUGGAGAAGCUGCGAGCGGCUCACAGCUACAACCCCAAGGAGUUCGACUGGAACCUGAAAAACGGCCGCGUGUUCAUCAUCAAGAGCUACUCCGAGGACGACAUCCACCGCUCCAUCAAGUAUUCCAUCUGGUGCAGCACGGAGCACGGCAACAAACGCUUGGACUCGGCCUUCAGAGCUAUGAACGCUAAAGGUCCCGUCUACUUGUUGUUCAGUGUCAACGGCAGUGGCCAUUUCUGCGGCGUGGCUGAAAUGCGCUCGCCGGUGGACUACGGCACCAGCGCGGGUGUUUGGGCGCAGGACAAGUGGAAGGGCAAGUUUGACGUGAACUGGUUGUUUGUUAAGGACGUGCCAAAUAGUCAACUGCGCCACAUCCGCCUGGAGAACAAUGACAACAAGCCAGUCACCAACUCACGUGACACUCAAGAGGUUCCUCUGGAAAAGGCUAAGCAGGUGCUCAAGAUCAUCGCCCAGUACAAACACACCACCUCCAUCUUUGACGACUUCUCCCACUACGAGAAGAAGCAAGAGGAGGAGGAGGUGGUCAAAAAGAGCUAUGAACCUGCCUCAAUACAGAGCCGAUCUCGAAUGGAUCAGGAUCGUCAGAAGUAAACAGAAGAUGGCUGUCCGUGGUAUUUAGAUUUAAAGGAAAACACAAGGACAUGAAGAAAUUGAAAACUAAUAUUUUUUUCUAUUUAAUUUUGUUGACUUUGGCCCAUGACAAACUUUUGACCCACGUUGCUCCUGGUUCCCCUUUGUUUUAAGAUGCGUGCAGGGAUGAAGCUCGUUCCACCGGUUGAAUUGCUUCAAUAAUAUAUAUUUUCUUGUUUUUUUUUCUGUAUUUUUUAGCCUUAUAAAUCUUUAUUGCUACCCCUGGAACUUGCAUUCUUGACUAAAUAUAAGUAACAAAUAUCUGCACGUCUGUUUUUGAAAAAUUUCUUGACAACAUGCUGCUGAUAUUCAGUGACUGUUCACUUUGUGGUUUGUGUGUUGGAGAAAUGUUAAGUGCUUGUAUUGGUUAAUCUUAACGAGUGAACAACACUGUAUUGACAAAUGUCUGCUAUCUGUGUGUGGCCAGUUGUAUUUUACAUUAUCAGAGGAGAAAAGAGCUUCUAUAAUGCCCCUUUUUGUUUUUUAAGUUCAAUGUUGAGGGGUGUCUUUUCUUUGGUGGAGGAAUGUGUACACUGAAAGUUUGUUUGCAUAGACAUAAUCGUGAUGUUAGAGAGCGUAAAUGUUAGAAAAUCAGUUGAAAUAGUUUAUUACCUGGCUUACAAAUGAUUUAAACAUAGAUGGAGAAAAUGUCUCUCCAGAGGUGGAGCCUUAACAUUUCUUUUCAGCACUAGUGUUAAUGAAAAUUUCAUUUUUUUUCCAUUUUUGUAUGUCUAAAAUGUCAGCGAUAGAGAUUCAGGAAGUUUAAACGCUCUGAAAGGUGGUCCCUCUCUUUCUUAUUCAAAGGAAAAAUCCAAGAUAUAUGUUGUAACACCUGCAAACUUAAUACCUGCACACAAACAAACGUAAAACAAAUCUGCUAUUUUUCCACUUGCCUACUGCAAAUUUCCAAUAAAUACAAUAACUUUUACAUUUGUUUGUGUUAUGUCUGUGGGAGGGUGAAAAUCUCCUGCUCUCAAAAA